GCCAGCUAUAGACGAAUUCGGCUCUCAUGUAUACAGUGCGGCUGUGGGCGUGGUCUGACUGUCCACACCAUGAGAAUGUCAGCACCAACAAUCACCAUAGACAUGCCCAAAGACAAGACUGUCACACGCCUGUUGUUGUACUGUCAAGCUUAUCUGAGAGUAUCACGAGUGACGACAGCCUGACGGGCAGGGAGGAGGGAGAGCUUUAGAACAUCAGCUGUGCCUGUCCGCCUGUCUGUCUGUCUGUCUGUCUGUCUCUGUCUGUGUGUCCUGUGGUCUGUUCGGAUGGACGGACGCCUGUGUACACAAACACGGAGAGUAAGGAAAAUUUGUUCUAAGCACUCUCGCUGACAUACAGAGUACUCACGUCAGCGUCAGUCACCGGACACACAAACACACACAUGGACACCCAUGCAGCCAUUGGCCCUGCCCUAACUCAUUAAAGGCACCAACCAUACCAGGCGCCAGCCGGCACCCCUCAUCCCAACACUCUCCCCUAUCGAUGACGGCACUUUCGAGACCGAAUGGCCACAGCAGACGGCGAGCGGCACCAACCGACACAGAGUAGCGGUCGGCGAGCGGAUGAGGCCGAUCGGCAGCAGAUGGCUCGGUCGUGUACAGCUCGACGAGGCCAUCUCCCACCCGCAGAUGGGCAGCGACGGUCUCGUUGAGUCGGAAUCCGAUCAGAAUGACAUCACGAUGGUCUUCUAUAUUGCCCCGAUCGUAGCGGUAGUCGACAGCGAUGCCCUGAUCCUCUGGGAUGUUGUCUGUUCUCAGCAGACGGCCGUAGCGAGCGUCGCCACGGCCGAUGUCGGCCCACAGCACCAUCUUCUGCUCCACUCCCUCUCCAUCCGACCACCAUAAGAGCACCCUGUCCAGCAGGAAGGCCGAGAAGGAGCGAUUGAGCCAUUCGCCCUGUCGGAUGGCGGGGUCGGCCCGCUUAUAUCCCUCAGCGUAGGGAUGGCCGCCCGUCCCCCCAUUCAUCGCACCUACUUCAAAU